CAAUGCCCCGUGUCUCCAACUUCUCACUGCUGCAAGAAACGCCACAAUAAACUUCAUCCGAAUAUUGAGACUCUCGUAUGAACAACGAAAUGUUCGAUCGCACUUGAAAUCAGGAAUCGGCGUAGAUGGACGAAACCGCCGAGACUACAAAGCCUGAUUGGGUCAACAACAGCCCGACGUUUGCCGGAGAGAGAACCGAUGACUUCGGCGACGAGGAUGAGGACGGGGAAUGCGACGGCGAUGACGAGGCUUGGAACAUGCUCACUCGGAGCUUCCGGCAAGCGCAGACGGUGCUGGACGAAAACCGUGCGUUGAUCGACGAAGUGAACAGCAACCAUGAGUCGAAGAUUCCUGACAACAUGGUGAAGAAUGUUAGCCUCAUGACUCAGAUCCACGGUAACAUCUCCAAGGUUCGCUCUAUCUACUCCGAUUUAUCUGUGAAUUUCUGCAACAUUGUUCGACAGCGCCGCGUCGCCGCCGUGAACCACCGCAAUCGCGAUGGGGAUGAGGCGGAGAACCCGGAGGAUGAUUCAACGGAGCACGUGUUGGAGAAAUCGGAGAUGGUUGAAUUGAUGGAUUCAGGAAUGUAUAGGACUUCAUCCACCCGCAGAUAUGAGGAGGCCCUGCGGAACUGUGAAGCAGGGAAGGGGAAAGGGGAAAGGACAAGGAUUGAACAUGUAUGUCGUGUUUCACCAUGAUAAAGAUUAUAACUGCCAGUAAUGUCAGCUCUAGCUCAUUGUUUCAUGUCUUUGUUAUUAUUCUUUAUUCCAUUAUGUUGAUGAUGCAUAGAUAGUUCUUGAGGUUACUGGUUGAUUAUGUCGAUAUCAAUUCAGAAAUUCGCCAUCAAAUACUUAAGAAGUGCUUCAAUGCAAGCAAAACUAGUUGUUUCUGUGGUUUCUGUGUACUGAAUAGUGGCCUUUGAUUUAAAUCAUCUGUUUUUGAACUAUAA